AUGAUUUCAUGGCUUCAUAGACCAAUUAUAUUUGAUAUUCGUACACGAUCACGAUCUGUUCCAUCAAUAAUAGAAAUAAAAGAUUUACAAGCAAUUAAUAUAACAUUACGUAUUCUUUAUCGGCCAAGAGCUGAACUUUUACCAAAAAUUUUUUGCAAAUUUGGUUUUAAAAUCUGUUGUACUAAGUCUCAAUUUGAUGCUAUUGAAUUGAUUACACAACGUAUACUUAUUUCUCAACGUGUUAGUGAAUUAUUAACAGAACGUGCUGCUCAAUUUGGUUUAUUACUUGAUGAUAUUUCGAUUACACAUUUAAGUUUUAGACCUGAAUUUACAAGUGCUGUUGAAUUAAAACAAGUUGCACAACAAGAUGUUGAAAAACAACGAUUUUUAGUCGAAAAAACGGAACAAAGUCGUCAAGCAAAUGUUAUUGCAGUAGAAGGUGAUGCUCGUACAGCUGAUUUGAUUGGCAAAGCUUUAGAUGAAGUUGGUGAUGGUUUGAUCGAACUUCUACGAAUUGAAGCCGCUGAAGGUAUUGCAAAUCAAUUAUCAAAAUCAAGAAAUAGCGUCUAUUUACCACAUGGUCCUCAAAUGUUACUUAACAUUAUUGGCGAAAUUUUUACCGAUCGACGUGAAAAAAUUGGUGUAAGAGAUGAGUGUUUAGAACUUGUACCAGCUGGAAAUGUUCCAUCUCAAGUAGCUACAGCUCAUUUUCAACUUGUUCUAUCACGUGAUCAAGGUUUUAGUCGACGAAGGUUAUUUACUGUAGUCCUAUUAAUUAAUCAAUAUCCUAUAGGUUCGAUUCUUCUUGAAAAUCCAUAUUAUGGUUUAAGAAAACCACCAGAUCAAUCUUGUUCAUCAUUAUUAUAUGUUACCAAUUUAUAUAUCAUGGGUGAAGUACUUAUUUUAGAAACACUUAUGCUACUUCAUUGGUGUCAAAAAAUGAAAUUAACAUUUACAAAAUGGCCUGAUCCACCUUCUCGACAAUUCUAUGAAAAUAAAGCCUCUCAUACAUUUUAUGAUUAUUUACAUGCACGAAAUCAAUCAAUAGAUUCAAAUAAAAUUGUUCUCAGUCUUAUUAAAGAUAUGAUGCGUCUUCUUAUGGAUGAAUUUACAUCUUUAUAUAAUUAUUCACGUUCAGUUCAGUAA